AUGACUCUUUCUAACAAGUUAACGUUGGACAGGCUGGAUGUGAAAGGUAAACGGGUCAUCAUGAGAGUAGACUUCAACGUUCCCAUGAAGAAGAACCAUAUUACCAACAACCAGAGAAUCAAGGCUGCACUCCCCAGCAUCAAGUUCUGCCUGGACCACGGGGCCCACUCAGUCGUCCUUAUGAGUCACCUAGGUCGGCCUGAUGGUGUCCCCAUGCCCGACAAAUACUCCUUGGCGCCUGUUGCUGCUGAGCUCAAGUCCUUGCUGGGUAGGGAUGUUCUGUUCCUGAACGACUGUGUGGGCCCAGAAGUAGAGAAGGCCUGUGCAAACCCGGUGCCUGGCUCAGUCAUCUUGCUGGAAAAUUUACGCUUCCACGUGGAGGAAGAAGGGAAGGGCCAAGAUCCUUCUGGAAAUAAGAUUAAAGCUGAGCCACAAAAUAUAGAAGCCUUCCGACAAUCCCUGUCAAAGCUGGGGGAUGUCUAUGUCAACGAUGCGUUUGGCACGGCUCACCGGGCCCACAGUUCCAUGGUGGGAGUGAACCUGUCUCAGAAGGCGUCCGGAUUCCUGAUGAAAAAGGAGCUGGAAUACUUUGCCAAAGCCUUGGAGAACCCAGAGAGACCCUUUCUGGCUAUCCUCGGUGGAGCCAAAGUGGCAGACAAGAUCCAACUUAUCAAAAACAUGCUGGACAAGGUCAAUCAUAUGAUCAUCGGCGGUGGGAUGGCUUAUACCUUCCUUAAGGUGCUCAACAACAUGGAGAUCGGUGCCUCCCUCUUUGAUGAGGAGGGAGCCAAGAUUGUCAAAGAGAUCAUGGACAAAGCCCAUAAGAACGGCGUGAAGGUUACCCUCCCCGAGGACUUUGUCACUGCUGACAAGUUUGAGGAGCACGCCAAGGUUGGCCAGGCCACUGUAGCAUCAGGCAUUCCUGCUGGCUGGAUGGGUUUGGACUGUGGUCCUGAGACCAACAAGAAGUAUGCUGAAGCUGUGGCCCAAGCCAAACUAAUCGUGUGGAACGGACCUGUAGGGGUGUUUGAAUGGGAUGCCUUUGCUAAGGGAACCAAAGCCCUCAUGGAUGAAGUUGUGAAAGCCACUUCCCGGGGCUGUGUCACCAUCAUAGGAGGUGGAGACACUGCCACUUGCUGUGCUAAAUGGGACACUGAGGAUAAAGUCAGCCACGUGAGCACUGGAGGUGGAGCCAGUCUAGAGCUUCUGGAAGGUAAAGUCCUUCCUGGAGUGGAUGCCCUCAGCAACCUGUAG